UUAAGAUAAUGGAUGCCAUCACAUACAGUGAACAUAUAUACGCUUAAACCGCAAUUUUAGCAGAAUGUAUUAAGCCUAUCCUGCUUUGCUAUAUAGAGAUAUAUCAUAAUGAGAUAAUAGAUUAAAAUAAUGAAAUAAAAACUCAGUUGGGUACACAUUUGCUGUUAUAAUUUAACCCUGGAGAACCCAGGAAAAUCCAAAAACCCAUUCAUUCUAUUGAACAAAUUUGAUUCUCCAGGGUUAAUAUCUUAUAUUAAUGACUUUUUUUUAUAAAUUUGAUUUAUGGAAGCACAGUUUUAUGUGGCGGAACUGGGCUUCCAUAAUAAUGACUACUGUUUUACUUAAAUACAAGGUUGUAAGCUAUGUGUACUCGUAUAGUAUAGCACAAAACCUGUGUUCAUUCUGAUAUUUCAUUCAUACAGUAGAUUUAAGUACUACACAGUAAUUGUGCUGAAUACUGCAAAAAAGAGUUUGAUUCCUUCAAACAUGCACGAUAUUACUUACUGUAAUAUCUUCUUGAUAAUCUGUGUUGUUUGUGCUUUGGGGUAUACUGUAUGUGCGUUUGUUGUUACUGUGAGGACAUUAAAAAGCCACAAGUAAAUCAUUUUACACUAGGGAACAGCCUCUCAACAUACACAAGUGAACAAACUGAAUAAAUGAUGUGAUAGAUCGCACUAGCUCUGGGCUCUGUGGAUAAAGGCAUGUCAAAUUUUCUUGUGACAGUUGGCCUGUGCAUAAAAACCAGAUCUCUUUGGUCUUUAUUUGUAACUAUGUUAUGUAAAGAUUCUUUUUAGAUAUUACGCAUUGCUGCUGUGUGCGUGUGCAUAUCAUUGUGUGCGUAUGUCUUCUUAAUUCCCGAAUUUCUUACAUCAGGCCACUUUGUAUUGAGGUCAUGCUUACAAUACAUGAUGUCACAGGUUUGGUCUUUAUGAUAUAUUUUUACUUUAUGGACUGGAAGAACGAUAUUAUAAAACAUAGAAACCCAGAGUGCAUCGAAAUAUAAAUAAAAAGUUUGUAUUCAAUGCACACUGAGAGAUGUAGCCUCAAACAACAAUGCAGGAUUGUAUUCUCAUGUGUUCUCAUGUGAAUACACGUAAUGCCAGAAUGUGUUAAAUGUGCAUAUAUUAUUAUUAUUGAGCCCACAUACAUCUGUCAAAUAUCUUGCCAAGUGCUAUCUUUUGUGUCCAAUAAAAGCGUGGCCCAUGGUGUGACACGUUGAAAGAUAUUGCCCAGUUGCAUUAUUAGUUAUGGGCAGGGGUGUAGCAGCCAAUUUAAAAGUGUGAGUGGGGUGGCAGCUGUAUGGUGAUGUGACCCAAAGCUGAUGUUCAUAAUAAUAAAAUCCAAAUAGAAUACCAAUUGGCAUUUUGCAGCACCCUAGUGGCAAUUUUGAGAACAUGCCAUGAUAUCUUACAGGAACCUAUUUUUGGGAAAUCAUACUCAAAAUUUAAAAAUACUACAGGACUUUGAGACCAACGUGAGACCGUCUUUAUUUUUAUGAAAUAAAGAUAUUUUAUGAUAUUUACAAUAUUUCAGUUAUAGUCUACUUACAGUGUGUGUUUGAAAAAGGAUGUAAUUUGAUGUAAUUGCUUUUUUCUGGCGUGCAUUUUAUCACAGACGGCCUAAUAGCAAAGUGAAUGAACGAACGAAAAUUUACAAGAGCAACAAGAGAUUUGAAGCACAUAGCAGAUGCGCCCAAGAGAUGAUUCGCUCUGUGAUUGGCGGAAUUUUAGUUCACUCAAAUCUAAGAACAAAUCAGAGAACACUGCCGAAAAUAUUCACGCUGGAUCUGGCAGUCCUGCCAACGACGCUUUAGAAAAAGUGUAGUGGAUGCUCUGACGAUUGAAUGCAUUCGCUGGAAUCCUGUAAAGCCGAGGUUUCCGCCUUCCGCUUGGUUGUAGCCGAGCAUUUCCGCCUUCCGAUUGGUUGCCGCCGAACAGUGUCAUAGCUCAUACCAUAAAGUUUAGCUGAUUUCAACUCUCCUCGACGCUUGCCAGAGCUUGCCGCCAGCUCUCAUUGAAAAGGAAUGACUUCCGGCCACUUUGACACUCUCGCCGGUGGCGGUGUGAACACAAGUGUGGGGGACAUGUCCCCCCGUCCCCCCCAGCAGCUACGCUCUGGUUAUAAGUGCAAAAACAGAACUGGCUGCAGCUUUAUAUGAAUUGUCAUGAGUUAAUUUCCCACCAGUGAUUUCACCUGCUUAACCAUUAUAUCUGAAUCUAAAAAGGACCACGGUAAGUCACCUUUAAGAAUAUUUACGAAGGUAAGGAUAGAGGAAACGGUGCCUGUAAAUGUUUUCCCCUAGGGCCUGAUGUAUUUGCAGCUGUCUUGUGACUAAAGUUUUUUAUUUAUUAUUAUUUAUUGCAUUGAGAAUUUUUUUAUGUUUUUAGUUUUUUCAUAUUAGAGCUGCGCGAACUGUAUUAUUAUAAAAAUCCUUAGUACCCUAAUUGUAAAAAACCAAGUAAUGGUCGAGUCUCGUGUUAUAUUAUGGUUGUUCUGCGCCCUCUGGUGGACAAAAUAAUAAUUGCAGCAGACUGUAUUCUUGUUUAGUUUUAGUGUGGGCGGUCCUGGGUUGUAGCUAAAAGGGAUACAGUUACUGCCAAAAUCUCGUGAAAUCUCACAGGAUAAACGCUGUUUUCAUCCUAAUCCUAUCCAUAAACUAAGCAUUUAAAAUGAUUUAGGCCAUAGCUGUAGCCUAACUGGCCAGGACAGCUGUUUUUGAUCAUAAUUCUACCCCCAACAACCUUAAACCAACAUCUCGCGAGAUUUGGCCAUAGCUGUAUCCCCUCUAGCCAGAACCGCGAUCCUGCGGUGUUUCUUUUACUUUCUCUACAUCACUUCCUUCUGUACUAGUCCUACAUGCAUUGCUACAGUAUCGUAUACUGGCGGGAGAUUUGGAGAGAAGCGUUUCUGUAAUGCCGUGUCAUACACAGAAACAUACAAAUACUUGAAGACAGUCCACUUUUUGACAGGUUUAAUGGGAUUCAGCGCACAAAUGGACCCGUUAGACUUUCUAACAAAUGAAGAUUUGUUAUUGUUUUUCCGUCGCAAGAAAACGGAAAUGUCCUGCAUUGAUCAGCCGCACACUUUCCUCACCCAGCUUCGGGAUUAUGACCUCCUCCCUGAGAAACUUUAUAAGAAGUUAAAAACGACGCGUUCUCGUGAACAAAAACAGAAGGGUGUCUAUGAGGUUUUGGACUGUAUUGAGAAAGAGAAUCCUAAUCAUAUGCUUCAGUUCUGGAGAUGUGUGUUUAAAGACCAUAUUUUGCAGCAGUAUCCCACAAUACGCUUGCUCAGAAACAGCCUGCUGGACGGAAGCUUCAAAUUCUAUGAGGAACCUUCUCAUGCUGAAGUAUUACCUGAGACUGAGAAGAAUGAGGGGACGCAGGAGAAAGCAAAGAAGGCAAAAAAGAGAAAGGUAGAUGAUGCAAGUGGUGAGGAUAGUGAUAGUCCAGGUCCUUCAUCUUCCUCCAAGCCCGCUCGAAAGAAAUUAAGCAAGAAACUCUCCUUCUCAUCUCCUGUAAAGAAAGGAGACAGUCAGGAGAUUUGGAAGUGGCCUAUUUAUAAAACUCAGCUGCCUGUAACCUGUGGCACACAAGAGGGCAACCUUCAUCGGGACAAGCUGGCCAAAGGGGAGAAGUGCAUUUUUGCACAGAAACGCUGGUUCAGUCCAUCUGGUUUUGAACAGUUUGGAGGAAAAGAAAGGUGCAAAAACUGGAAACAGAGUAUUCGUUGCAGGAAAACACCACUUAAGAAACUCAUUGAGGAGGGGCAUCUUCAGUGUCCACCGAUUGAGAGAAGAAAACGUACAUGUGUCUUAAACACCACACCAGUGCGGCUUUCUGACAGCUCAGCAGAAAACUCCAGCACCAACUCUAGUGAAACCAGUCCUGGGACAGAGGAGGAAAGAGACGCUGAGGAUUUCGAAGAGCAAGGAGGAAUGGAGUUUAGAGAGAGAGUAGAGGAAGAAGAGGAAGAAGACAUGGAAGAUCUUUCUGUCUUUCAGACUCCCUCUUUGCCAGUCACCUGUGUUUCACUAAGUGCGACUCUACACAAAUAUCGGUUUGCAUCAGGUUUGCGUGGGAAAUGUAUACGUACCGAUGAAAGCUGGCUCACUCCUGAAGAGUUUGUCAAACAGGAGACAACUCUCACUGAUCCAAACUGGAGAAGAGAUAUAAUGUGCCAUGGCAAAACUCUUAACUUCUUAUUGAAGAAAGAUAUUCUGCGCAUCCAUUCACUCCUUUGUGAGUGUGAGAAAUGCAGUGAUCAAGAACAUGACCUGUCAGAACAGAGAAAUGAUGACGUGUGUUAUGAGUGUGGCUCUGACGGAGAUCUUGUGUGCUGUGAUGAGUGUCCACGAGCUUUUCAUUCACAAUGUCACCUGCCAGCUGUAAACGAAGAUUCAACUGGAGAAUGGAUGUGCACUUUCUGUGUACUGAGGACCAAUCAACAGUGGCGUAACUCCAGUCACAUAACUGAAGAAGAAGCUUUGAAACUUCCAGUGUCCUCCCAGUAUAGACUGUACUGCGACUACCUGCUGUUAUAUAUGUACAGAGAGGACCCCCAGCAUGUGUUUGUAAAGGACCCCCGCAAAACAGUGCGGCGAUAUGCUGAGUUUGUAACUCAUCCCAUGUGGCUGGACAGAAUAAAGCUGAAGCUGGAAGCUAAGGAUUAUCACACUGUUGGAGACUUUGUGUCGGAUAUUCAGCUCAUCUUUAGCAACUGCAGGACAUUUAACCGGGACAAUGAUUUUGGCAAAAUGGGGGCCAGACUGAAGGAUUUGAUAGACAGGGAGUUUAAGAAAGUCUUCUCUAUCCAAUAACAUUUCUCUUUUUAUCUCUCGUAUCGUUUUUAAAGAAAAUAUGCUACUAUUCUCCUUCCUUAUGCAUUAUGAUGUUAUGGCAUUUUCAUCAUGACUUAAAGACUUUUUUCACAAACUCUUGUUUGUAUAGACUGUAUUCAAAUCACAAUGAAAGAAAUUUGAUUUAUCGCUUUAUACUUUAUCAUUUCACUGUUGCACUGUAAAACUUGUUUUAAUCAUUCCACAAUAGAUUUGUUUUAAUCUUUUAAAUUGUUUAUUUUUGUCCAGAUAAUGUUUUGGUUUUUGAAACAAUCAUCUUUAUUUAUUAAAUUCUGUGCACCUUAAACCAGUAAGACAAAGUAUUUUGACAAAAUAUAACACGCUUCUCCUUUAAGAAAUAAACCUGAGUAAGCAGAUCUAACGUUUAAAGGGAUUGUUCACCCAAAACUGAACAUUCUGUCAUCAUUUACUCACCCUCAUGUUGUUUUAAACCUGUAUGAGUUUAUUUAUUCUGUUGAACGCAAAAGAAGAUAUUUUGACAAAUGAUAGUAAGAUCACAGUAGAAAAAACACAUACUAUGGAAGUCAAUGGGUACCAUCAACUGUGUGCUUACCAUCAUUUAAUAAAAUAUCACAUUUUGUGUUCAACAGAAUACAGAAAUUCAUAAAAAAACAAUAUAAGGUUGACUAAUGAUGACAGAAUUUUCAUUUCUGGGUGAACUAUCCCUUUAGGUGUUAAUCGUAAUCACUCUUAAAAAAAUAAAGGUGAUUAAAAGGUACUUACAGCGAUGCCAUAGAAGAACCAUUUUUGGUUCCUCAAAGAACCAUUUAUCCAAAAGUUCUUAACUCUUUCCCUGGCAUUGACGAGUUAAAUCGUUAAUUAAGAGAAAAUAGUUCCCUGCCAGUGACGAGUUUUUCUGACAAUCCGUAUUUUCGCUAUUAUCCACCAGAGGGCACUCUUACCCAACUUAUACAACCCGAAAGCAACCCCUCACUUCAAACAAUUCAAACUCAGUGCAAGUCUUUCACAAAAAUGCAAUUACUUAAUUAUUUAAAAAACAACAUUUUCUGGAAGGCAUUAAAGUUUUGUGAAAAUUAUAAAAAAAAUGCUGCCGCUGGCGGGGAAAGAGUUAACUUAUUCGCUGCCAGCCUUUUUUUAAAAGGUUGCCCGCCAGCAUUGUGAUUUUCACAAAAGUUUCACAAAAUUCCUUGCAAACAAAAUGAGGAAAAAAACUUGCAUCCUAUAUUUACUUUUUUAUUUAAUUUUACCACUGAAAUAUGGAUUUCUGUUCAAAAAAUAAAAAAAUUUGAGCAAAAAGCUUUAAAAAUUGCAUUUUUGUAAAGGAAUUUAUGUUAGAGAUCAGACUCAAAACGAUUAUCAAACAAACAUGCAGUUUAAAAUUCAUUAAAUCAUUUUUGCUUCAGUUUUUUAUAAAUUGGGUAUUUUCAUAGAAAUUCAUCAAAAAGGCAUAUUUAUCAGGUAAAUAUUAACUCAUAAUUGACAAGAUAACUCCUCAAUGGCGGCAAAGAGUUAAAAGAAGCAUGUCUUUAUACAUUUUUAUAAUCUGAAGAUGUUAAAGGUGCUUUUAUAAGAACCAUUUAGACAGAAAAGGUUCUUCUAUGGCAUUAUGAAGCAUCUUUAUUUUUAAGAGUGUCCUCAGACUAAUUUUUAUUGCUUGCAUUCUUACAAAACUUGUUUACAUUUGAAAAUUAUUUCAAUCACCUACAAUCUAUGUAUAUAAAAUUAAAGGUUUUUAUAUUGUAUUUUAUAUAACUUUGUUUUUGAGUGUUCAUUGAAAAUAAAAAUAAAAAUGAUAUAAGGUUCGGCAACAAACAAACACAAGGAGAUGUUACUAGUAAAAAAAAUUAAAAUAACCACACAUUACAACUAAGGUAUACAGAACAGCAUCUCAACAAACUUCUAUAGUACAAUAACAAUGUAUGUGCCAUACAAUAAUUAUUUGAUAAAUCUGUUAGGUUAGGGUAAGGGCACAAUGACAAUGUUAUUGAAAGUGAAAUUGA